AUGUACUCACAUAUUGAUUCUCCAGGGACUGCGGUCACUAUCGCUCAUUUCAAAGCACAAAGCUUGCCAGUUGUCGAUCGCAUUCUUGAGCCUCAAACUAUCGCCCAUUUCCUUGCAUUUGCGUUCGGUGAAGAGCCCCUAUCAAAUGGCAAACAAACCGACAUGGAGCGCCUGUCCGUGGACGAAGCCUCCAUCCUCAACCAGGACCAAAAUUUCCCUCCGGGCUCCGAUGGCGAACCCAUAAUGACCAGUGUCAUGGCCCGGAUUGGAUCCGACCAAGACUCCAACCGCCUCUGCCUGGUCGGAAAGAAUAUCCAAUUCCUCAAGUCCCGUCUAUGGGAGGGUGUCAUCCCCCUGAGCGAGCAGUUGUGGCAGGAAAAAGGUCUCGACCGCCCAGAACAUUUCGAUUUCGCUUGUCAGCAUCUAACAGCCGUGAUCGCCGUGUUUCAGUAUUUGAAUGAACCAACUGUGCGAUUAUAUCUUCGCGACACGUUCAAUUACAUCCACGAGCAUUGGACGGCGCUCGACACUGUCCUCAACAGGCUCAGAGAGGAGCAAGGUAAAAAGCGCGUUAGUGUCGCAGGUCUCUGGACAUGCUACAUGACGGCGCAUUUCGAGAUGAUGACCGAGCGCGCCCAUAGAUGGGUUACCGUGCAUGUAAAUACACUGCGCGCUCCAUUGAUGCGAGCGCUUUUGGAGUAUCGACGACCUGUGGAAGAACUGGGUGGUGAACCUGAUGCUAUGCAGUGGAAGAUUACUGAUUCGCUGCACACGCUGGCUGAAAUAAUGGGCCAUGCCGAUUUUACCAUCAUGAUCCCCAUGGACGGUUAUAAGGGGUACUUUGGGGAUCCCCCGCGGGCAGGCCCAGCGGCACUUCAUGCGGCGAAUCUGCUGACCAGAAAUAAAGCAUAUAACGAGCGUUUGAGGUUGCUUACUCGGGAAGCGCUCCCCCGUAACGCGGCUGAAUUCAGAGGUUUGAAUCCCACGUCCGGACAGAUGUACUAUUCGUCAGCUCGGAGCCAGAAUCAAGGACAGAAUCAGUUGAGGAAGGAGGUGCGUGGUGCGCCUCUAGAACCUGUUCCGCGUGAGCCUUGGAUUGCUGCCACCGCUUCAAAUAUCGAAUCUGGAAAGAAGAAGGGAAAAAAGGAAAAGUACGGGUUGGCUGUUUAUCGAUUGACUUACGGGCAGACGGAGUCUGAAUGGACGGGCUUCGUUCGCAAAGUGGAAGCUCAUGUCUCGAAUUGGGGUAAAGGCCAAACAGGAAGCAUUUUGGUCAAGGAGCAUUUAAAGCUUCACUGGCUGGAUGGAGAGAAAUUGGGUAUUUCAGAGGGCGAUGUCGAUGCAGCAAAGGAACACUUCAAAACCAUAAAAGAUGACAACGACAACUGGACAAGGCUACAAGAUGACGCUUUCCUCGUCAUUGACUCCGCCUCCUUCGCCUCAUACACCACCAAUUCCUACGGUCCCGCGACAUCCCAACUCAACCGCGGUGACUUCACCGGCUUCCUCCUCGCCAUCGACUCAACCUUCAACCCGGAAGAGGGCAUUGAACGACCUGACGAGUCACCAGGCUACAAUGGCCAGAUGCGAAUUCUCGGAAGCCUUGUAUGGAGCGAUCUAUAUUCCCUACAAGCAGCGCAGACAUUCCUGCUCGAAGACUACUGGCCAUUAGCAAGCGAGCACCCUAAUAUGGUAUACGUUGGCCCAACAAUCCCAUGGCAGCGAUUUAUCUGGCAGAACCACAGUGAGAUGCGUUGGAAUCUCAUUCGAGCUGGGAUAGACCACUUAAAGCGCAAUCCGGAAAUGCCACCAAUGCCACCAGUCCAAGCCCGUGCUACACCUCCAGCUGUGGCUACAACUGCAUCUACAGACACGCCACCAACCUCUUCUGUGACCUCGUCGACACCACCCGCAGAACGGGAUCCUCUCAACGCCGCAAUCCGCACACACAUGCUCACUGAAUUUCAGCGCUACUUACGCCAUGAGGGUCAGCCGCGGCAGGCGGCUAUGGUCGAUGAAUUGCUCCGUCUUCAGCCAGGCGAGGAGCCGGAUGGAGGGCGGCUGCGACGGUUGGUGGACGAUGAGGAUGAGCGGCAGGAGCAGCGGAGGCGAGAUGGGUUUAAUGAGGAUGAGGAGACCUCGGAGGAAUAUCAGCCAAGUUGUCCGUUGCAGUGA